CGUUUCACCAAUGGGGUGGCGGCUUUUUGAUAUCUCAUGAUAUCAGUCGGCUCUAGGUGAUAAGAUAAAAUCUUUGUAUGGGGCGCGAACAGUGUCAUUCCUAAAUUCAAUGAAAAUGUACUUUCUACGUAAUACAUUUAGAGUGUCAGUGAUAUUAAGUGUUCUAGUUUACGCAGCUCACGCCCAGAGUGACUCUAAUGACCGAAAGAGUCCUUGUGAUGUUUCUCUUCAAGAUGGCAACAAUCUAACGUUAAACUGUUCAAGGAGGGAUAUCGACAGUGUACCCAAAUGGCCUCAGAACCUAGAGAGCCUUGGUGACAAAGAAAGCCAUGUAUUAAUCACGUUCUUCAACAAUAGUAUAACAAACGUGACCCACCUCGCCCCGGUGCCGGGUAAUAGAAUAGCAAUCAGCUUCAAGGGAAACAAAAUUGUUGAAAUAGAGGACGACGCAUUCAGAAAUAUCGACCGUAUGGUCUACUUAGAUCUUAGCAACAAUUACAUUUCAGGCGAGGUGUUAAGAAGCGAGAUCUUCCAGGGCCCUUAUAAUAACGGAAUCUACAGCGACAUAGCCCUCGAGACUCUAAACCUGGGCUUCAAUGAGAUCCACUCAUUGGACAAAUACCUGUUCCAGCACACGCCGAAUUUAACACGACUUUAUCUUAACAACAAUCCAAUUGAGAUUCUCGAUCAUGUGACUGUGUCAGCGUUGUCAAGCGCCAAUAAACUGGAGGUCCUAGACUUAUCAAAGACGGACAUUGACAGUAUACCAUUGGACGCCUUUAAAGGUCUGGUGAGCCUUAGACAAAUCGACCUGUCUGGAAACCUUUUCCUAAACGUUCCAGAGAGUCUAAGUCUACUUGGCAACACAUUGCAAUAUCUCACAUUCAACAACAACCCACUUGUCGAGUUGAACGACGACAGUUUUAUUGGAUUGACAAGUUUGCUAGAACUGGAAGUAAGCGAAAACCGAUACUUGGAGGAAGUCAAACGCAGUACAUUCUCGCCGUUAAAAAAUCUAAGAGUUCUGCAUCUUUGUCACAACAAGAAUUUACGGUACAUUAGUCACAAUGCUUUCAGGGGACUUAAAGAUAGAUGGGCCUUGAAAGAGGUAUACCUCGAUGACAACAACUUGAGUGAACUAUCAACUGAUCUUAUGCCAUGGAACAGGUUGGCGGUGUUAGGUAUGACUGGUAAUAACUGGCUUUGCAACUGUGACUUGGCCAAUAUUGUGACUAAACAGGAGGCAAGUACUAAGUUCAAGCCGGGAAAAGUACCAUUUUGUGCAGCACCUAUGAGACUGAAUGGAGCCUAUAUAACAAACAUCACUAUAUCAUUUUGCCCUACAUUUGACACAACCUUUGCACCAAAGAAACAAUUCUCCAUUACUGAUUUAAGGCCAAAACAUGUACUGUGGAGUAUUUUAGGAGUGGCAGCAGUAGUUGGUAUAGGAAUGAUUUGUGGGAUCAUUGUAAAUGCUGCUAAAGCAUUCUACAAGAAGAAGUUAAGUCAGCCAAUACGCUAUGUAAACAUCAAUAAUUCUGAAUCAAGCUUUGCUUGAUUUUUAAGGCUGAUGUUUGCUAGUAUAUUAACAACCAUUUUAACUUUAAUUACUAUUUAAUAUACAAAGAAAUAAAAAGCUAAAGAUUUAGA